CCAGUCCUAUUUGAAAUGAAGCGUCCGAAGCUCCUUAGCAACCAUGGAAAAACAAACGACUCUUAAGUUUUGCGGGCACUACAUUUUUAUCGGAACAACGUCACCUUUUUUCAACAGUUUUAUCUUUUCAGCCCAGCUGCGGAAGGAGUUGUGACAUGUCAAAGACCAAGAAUGAAUUGAAAGCUGACGGUUUCACCGUCAAGGCCUUCAUGAAGAACUCCGUGGUUGGGGCACCUCCACCUACAGGGGUGUUUCAGAAGCGGCCGUCCAAGCCCACCACCUUCCGGGUUUACUACGAGCGCAGGGAGCUCCCGAUCUCCGUGGACCAUAACAACAGAGGCAAUGCCAUAGCGUGGAAGGUGGACAUCGAGAAACUGGACUAUCAAUACUACCUGCCGCUGCUCUUUCACGGACUCUGUGAGACGGUGUACCCUUACGAGUUCCUCGCCCGAGAGGGGAUCCGAGACAUGCUGAACCGGGGAGGCCCCAGGAUCCUCCCGGUCCUGCCCAAGCUCAUCAUCCCCAUCAGGAACGCCAUGAACACCAAAAACCACAACGUGAUGUGCACCACCUUGAGAGUCAUACAGCAUCUGGUGAUGUCCGCAGAGGGCGUCGGCAUAGCUCUGGUGCCGUACUUAAAACAGAUUUUGCCCGUUUUCAACCUCUUCAAGAACAAGAAGAGAAACAUCGGAGAUGCCAUCGAGAGCCGGAGGGAAAAAGAGAGCAUCGGUGAUCUGAUUGAGGAGACUCUGCAGAUACUGGAACACUACGGUGGCCCGGAGGCCUUUAAGCAAAUUAAAUCAAUGGUACCCACGUAUAGUCCCGUGUAAAGACUUGACAGAGUGAGAGCUCUUGGACUUUUGACUGUAUUUCAUUUAUUUUGUUCCUUAAGAAGUUUGUUCCAGAGCUCUUGUUUUAAAUAUACCAGCUUGUCUGAAAAGUACA